AGUCUCGCGCGUGGCUCUGUUGAGCCAGAAAUCAGAAGAAUGGAAAAACCCAAUGAGGCUUUCGUGGAGGACAAUGACUUGGAGCAUGCAGAAACAUUCCCAGGAUUGGAUGAGAAGAGCACCUUGGAACUCACAACUCAAGAAGAGGAAUUCUUGAACAAAGCAAGUCCUGUGGAAGCCUUUAACGGACUCGAGAAAAGCACUUUGCAACUGGCCACCGAAAAGAUUGAUCCAGAAGAUGGCAGCUACUCGGAUUUGAGAGAGAAAAACAAGUCCCAGAAGAGGCUAGCCUGGUACUAUGCCCCAGUGUACUUGCUUUUCUGGGUUGGACUCUUUUUCGCGGUGGUCCAUCCACUUUUCAAUCACCUGCCAACCGGAGUCAAGCUGGAGGAGGAGUCCGAUCUGCCCAAUACCUUCAUUGCCCAGCGAGCAGAAAGCUUGCUCCUAAAAUUGGAUCUGAUGGGACCAAAGAUUGCCGGGGACUAUGUGACUGAGGUUCUAAUGGUGGAACUCCUGCUUGAGGAAAUUGAAAAAGUCCGCCAAUCGAUGAGAAGUGAUUUGUAUGACUUGGAGGUGGACGUACAGCGAUCCAGUGGGGCCUUUCUCCAUUGGCAAAUGAUCAAUAUGUACCAGGGUAUCCAAAACGUGGUGGUUAAGCUCAGUUGUAAGAGCUCGAAUAGUUCAUCCUACUUGCUGGUGAACAGUCACUACGAUUCCAAGCCGAGCAGUGUGGGAACUGGUGAUUCUGAGGUUAUGAUUGUGGCCAUGCUGGAGACCUUGCGUUUGAUGGCCAUUUCCGAGGAGAUUUUCCUCCAUCCAAUUGUAUUCCUGUUCAACGGAGCCGAGGAACAACCCUUCCAUGGAUCGCAUAGCUUCAUAUCCAAUCAUCGAUGGGCGGCCAACUGCAAGGCUCUAAUAAACCUGGACUCGGCCGGUGCUGGCGGACGUGAAAUUCUGUUCCAGGGGGGUCCCAACCAUCCUUGGCUAAUGCGGCAUUACAAAAAAAGCUCCAAGCAUCCAUUUGCCACAACAAUGGCGGAGGAAAUUUUCCAGGCGGAUCUGAUUCCUUCCGAUACAGAUUUUCGAAUCUUUCGUGACUUUGGACCAGUGCCUGGUUUGGACUUAGCGGGUUGCUAUAAUGGUUUUGUGUAUCACACCAAGUUCGAUCGCUUCAAAGUGAUAUCUCGAGGAUCACUUCAGAACACUGGCGAUAAUGUUUAUGGUCUGGUCCGGAGCCUCUCCAACGCCGAGGAAAUGUACGAUACGGCGGCCCACUCAGAGGGUCAUUCGGUGUUUUUUGAUUAUCUGGGACUGUUUUUCGUCUAUUACACGGAAUCUACGGGAAUUGCUCUAAAUAUUUCUUUCUCCUUGGGAGCCAUUCUUCUCGUUUCUUUGUCUCUGUGGCGCAUGUCAAAGGUCACAGAUCGCCGGCUGGGUACUUAUGCCAGAUCCUUUGGCAUGCAGUUCCUCCUGGCCAUUUUGGGUGUGCUCCUGGCCCUGGCUUUUCCUCUUCUGAUGAGCGUUUUCUACGAUGCCGGCAAUCGAACCAUGACAUACUUCAGUAAUAGUUGGCUGGUAAUUGGGCUUUUCGUUUGUCCUUCGUCGAUUGGACUGGUUUUGCCCUCCACCCUCUACUUGACUCUGCGACCCAGUGAAAAAAUACCUCAUAGCUAUCGGGUGCAGAUCGUUGGUCAUGCCCACUGUGUUCUGAUGGCGGUGCUGUGCAUUCUUCUGACUGCUGCUGGAAUUCGCACUGCCUAUCUGUUCAUGAUUUGUGUUUUCUUCUACGUUGGUGCUCUGAUUAUAAACUUGGCCAGUCGCCUGCACGAUAAUGGCCACCUUUGGAGUCUGGUGCUUGCGGCUUGUCAGGUACUGCCCUACCUCUACUUCACCUACUUGUUUCACGCUCUCCUGGUUAUCACUAUUCCCAUGACAAGUCGCAAAGGCAUGACCGCUAAUCCCGACCUUCUGAUAUCGCUGGAGUGUGCUCUGGGCACUAUACUGGGGUUAGUCUUUGUGGCCCCAUUGCUGAACCUCUUCCGACGGCCCAAGAGUAUGAUGUGUGGUUUGGCCUUGGUCAUGUUCAUAUUCUGUAUGAUUUCGGUGUCGGAUGUGGGAUUCCCCUACCGAGCAAAGACCAAUGUAAUGCGAUUGCAUUUCCUGGAAGUUCAUCGGAAAUUCUAUGAAUAUGAUGGAAGUCUUAGCUUGGAGGAUAGCGGCUAUUACUUUGAUUUACAGGACCGACGCUUAGAGUCUCCACUGCUGGACAGGAUUAAUCUUACAGGAUUCACACGCGUGGAUGAGGCGUGUAAGAUUCAUAUGAAGUGUGGCAUGCCGUGCUUCAACCAUCGCUGGUGUGAUACUGUCGAAGAUGCGCAUUGGUUGAAGCGAGAUGUGCCCGUUGAUCUGCCAGGAACUCCAGUGCUCGAUCUUUUAAACAAGACCCUCCUGGGCAACGAAUCCGAUCCCAGGGUUUACUACGAAUUCUCUGUUUCUGGGCCACCAAGGAUGAGUCUUUUCAUACUGCCCCUGAAUGGUGUAAAGAUGCUGAAGUGGUCUUUUCUUCAGGGAAUGCUGGACAACCCGUCAGUCUACAAGCCACCAUAUCACAUUUUCAUAGGCUAUGGCAGUGACAAUUCUCCCAUUCGUUUUAACUUUGAGCUGACGAAAGACGAUGGUAACUACAAUGAGCCCGUAUUUGAGUUGGGCCUUUCGGGGCACUAUAUGAGUCAUCUGAGUAAACGCGAUGCAGCUACCCAGAAGUUUAUAGAGGAUCUUCCAGACUUUGCCCAUCCUAUGGAGUGGCCAACUUCCUAUCAACGAUUUGUAUUUUAAAAAGACUUGAAAAUAAAAUACUCCAAGAGAAUAAAUAUAUUUGUAAAG